CAGGAGGAUGGGCACGGGGGAGUUUGUGUGCGUGACGCUGCGUGGUGGCGCGCCGUGGGGAUUCAGACUCCUCCAGAACGCGCAAGACCCUCAACAUCCUCUCCAGGUGCUUGAGAUAGAGGAUGGUAGUCCCGCGGCCCUAGCUGGAUUGUGUGAGAAUGAUGAACUGGUGUCAGUAAAUGGAAAGCCUUGCUCUAACCUCAGUCUCUCAGAUGCUAUUGAUCUCAUCGAAACCGCUGCUGACUGUCUACAACUGCUUGUUAAAAGAUGCUGUAGUCAACCUCAAGAGAGCCUUGAAAUGGUUAGUACCACUUUUCAGAUCCCAUCUCCAUCCAGGCUUCAUCCAGACCCUCAGAAACUAUACAUCUCUGAUUCCCAGGAUGAAGCAUAUUAUGGGGAAACAGACAGCGACGGAGAGUUUCCAGUGGGGACUCGAUUGGUCCGUACUCAAGUUCAAAUACCUGCUUCUAGGAAUAAAGGUAGAGGCUCCUAUGCCCAGGAUGGUGGAGACACCAGUUUGGAUGUAACCCCAGGAUCUGUGGUCGAAUUGCAGCUCUCGCUCUCAAAGACCACCCUGAAAGAGCCAGAUUGUGCCGCAUUAGGCAGUGCGUGUGGAUUUGUGGGAGACAUCCAUCAUAAAAAGACGGAUGAGAGCGUCAACUAUACCACCACCGCAUUUUCUCCAGAUAGCCCUCUAUAUAUACCCCGACGAGACCGGCAACCCCUUGGUCAGUGGGGUGUGUUGGUUAGCAAACCCCCUGCUUUGCCGGGACAGGUGGAGGUGACGGUGCAGCAGUUAUCUAAAAGCAGUUCUGGAAAGGAGGGGGUAGAGGCCAGUGGACGGUUGGAUUCUGGUGGGGAAGAAGGAGGGCACAUUGAAGAAACUCCCACCUCUUCUUCUGUGUCCUUUGGACUUCCCUCAGAGGAGUGGGACUCUGAAUCGGAGAGGGAGGUCAACGAGCCCAACAAGCACCGGGCAAGGCACGCCAGGCUCCGGCGCAGUGAGAGCCUUUCAGAGAAGCAGGUGAAAGAGGCCAAGUCCAAAUGCAAGCGCAUUGCUCUCCUGCUGUCUGCCCCUGCCCCCAAUGCUAAUAACAAGGGGGUGUUGAUGUUUAAGAAGCAUAGACAGAGGGCCAAGAAGUAUACAAUUGUAAGCUACGGUACUGGCGAAGACGAGCCAGAUUAUCAGGACGACGAAGACGACAAGGAGGAUCACGCCGUUGAGUUCACUGUUCUAGCCACAAGUGAAACAGAAAUUGAUGAGGAUUUCUUUACCAAUGCCUCAGUUCAGAAAAGCAUUGUGAGCUUUGAUUGGGAUACCGGAUUACUUGAGAUAGAGCGCAAGCUUGACAACAAGCAGGAAAUGGAAGCACUUCCUGAGACCAAGGGAAAAGGAGCCCUCAUGUUUGCCCAGCGCAAACAGCGCAUGGAUGACAUAGUAGCUGAACAUGAAGAAAUGAGACGUAAGGGGAUCCCUGUUGAAGCGAUGCAGGUGCCCGAGACACAUCAAACAUACCAACACAUGGAGGAACGCACUUAUUUAAAUGCACAAGAAACCCAAAAUUACAUGGAUGUAAAUCUACACCACAGCAUAUCAGCUCAAAAGCAGCAACAGCAACAACAUCAUCAGUACCAAGAUCAGUACUAUCAACAACAGCAGAUGCAGCAGCAGCAGCAGUAUCAAGACUACCAGCAGCAACAGCUACAAUACCAGCUACAGCAACAACAGUAUCAACAUCAGCAAGACUACCAGCAACAAAAAAUGUAUCAAAACAUCCAAUCAUCCAAUCAGCAACAACACUUCCAACAGCAGCAAGUGCAACAGUAUUCACAUCAUAUGAAUGGCACGUUCAAUCAGCAAGUGCAGAAUGAAAUGCAGGCUUCAGUCACAAACAGAAGUGCCAAACCAUUUUCAAUUCAAAAUAGAGUGGCCGCUCCAUUUUCAUCCCCCACAAGUGGAGAUAAUCAAGAGCAAUCUGGGUGUUCAUUGGGACAAGGUGAACAGAUUGCUUCCCGUGAUGAGCGUAUAUCUGUGCCUGCUAUCAAGACUGGUAUCUUGCAAGAUACCAGGAGGAGUGCCAACAAACCUAUGUUCACUUUCAAAGAGUCUCCAAAGGUUUCACCUAAUCCUGCUCUGUUGAAUCUCCUCAACAGGAAUGACAAGAAGGCAGGUUUUGAGUCUUGCCCAGAAGAAGAUUAUUUAAGCUUAGGAGCUGAAGCCUGCAACUUUCUUCAGUCUCCUAAGAUGAAACACAAAAUUCCACCACCAGUAGCUCCUAAACCUCACAUUAACCCCGCUUCUCCCCCAUGGUCAAUUCAACAAGAAACUACAGACCAACCCAUCCCAGAGCAAACCGCAAACAGUGUCCCAGUACCUGCAGAAGCUCCAGUCACAGAGGUUGAGGCUGCUCCUGCCCCUGAAACUGGGGCCCCAAUCAUGUCUGAAAUGGAACCUACAUUGGCCCCUGAAUCCCAAAUUAUUCAACACUGUCCUGUACAGCCUGCUCCAGGUAAUGCCUGGAAACAACCAGAAUCUCAGAUGGAGCCGAACCAGCAACCAGAAACCUGGAACGAGAAACAACCCCAGCUCCAAAUUAAUUCUGCUCAUCCUGUCGCACAACCUGUUACACAGCCAGAUCCGUCUGCCAGAUCAUUGGAUCCAGCUCCAACUCAAGGUCAUCGGCAGCCUCCAGUGAGUACUUGGGGUCCAAAUGAGGUCCAAUUGCAAGUCCCAUCUCAAACACAGCCACAAUGGAUGACACAGUCUCAGGGUUCUCCAGAAGUACAAUUGCAAGUGCCUUCUAAAACACAGUCCCAGGCUUCUUGGGUAACACAGCCUCAAAUGUCACCCCUACCCAGGCAUCAACCACAGCCUCAGUCCCAAAUCAAUUCUUGGGUACCAAGGCCAAAUCAGUCAGCCCCAUGGUCUCAGCCCUAUGAACCUGCACUGCCACCAGUUAAUGUUUGGCAACAAGAUCAAAAUCAAGCUCAGGAACAGCUAACCUGGACCCAACAACAACAGUUCCAAGAAUCUCAGGUAAUGCCACAUGGGGCAUCACCCCCUCAGCAACAACCACAGCAUUCUUGGGCUCAACCUCAGAGCCAGUCACAGCCCCAACCACCUUGGGUCUCUCAGGCUAAACAGCAAGAGCCAACACAGCCAUUUGCAAAUGCAUGGACUCAACCACAAGGUCCAGUUCAAGCACAGCCUCCAUGGGCGCAACAAACUCAACCACCACCUCAGCCCACAGCACCAGUGCAGCAACCCAAUUCUUGGCCACCAAUGCCAACCCAGUCCCAACCACAUCCACAGUGGGGACAAGAACCUGCUUCCCAACAACAUCCUCAACAAGUAAUGAACUCUUGGACACCUGAACAGAAUCAAAUUCAGCCUCCCUGGCCUCAGCCAAUGGCACAAACUCAGCCUCAGGCACAUCCUCCAUGGGCACCGAAACUUCAACAGCAAGCAUCAACGCCACCUGUGAGCCAAUGGGUCCCGCCACAAUCUCAGUCUCAACCAGCUGUAAAUGUUUGGGCACCCCAACAUCAGCGAGGUUCAGUUGGAAACAUAGCACAAACUGCAAACCAGAAGUUGCCUCCCCAACAAAUCAAGGCAUGGAGUCCAUCUCAGACCACUCAGCCCACUCCUCCACAACGAAUGAACUCGUAUACCACUGGGACAAAGGUACCAUCACCUGUUCCAACAAGUAGUACUAUGUCAACCUCUGGUUUUGGUUCAGCUUUCGAGAUGCCAGCCUUGAGAGGGAAAGGAGCUGAGCUUUUCGCCAGGAGGCAAUCCAGAAUGGAGAAGUACAUUGUGGAUUCUUCCACAGUGCAGUCAAAUAAGGCAAGACCAUCUUCACCUUCUCCUUCUUUGCCAAAUUCCUUUAAAUAUUCACCAAAUUGCCGGGCUCCCCCACCUUUGGCAUAUAAUCCAAUUCAUUCACCCUCAUAUCCACCAGGUGCUAUCAAGCAGCCUCCCCCCUCUAGCUCUUCAACAACAAACAAGAACAAAAGCAAAGAUAAGGGAAAGCCUGCCCCAAAACCUCUUCAUGUUCUUGAUGUCAUGAAACAUCAGCCCUAUCAGCUGAAAUCCUCCCUUUUCACUUAUGGCCCAGCAGCAGAGAAACUUGCUGCAGAAAAGGAGGCAGCUGAAAAGCUAGCUGCUCAAAAAGCAGCUGAAGCCCAGGCCCAAAUUCAAGCCCAAGCACUAGGUGCUCCAAAUCAAAACCAGCAAAUGACAUUUAACCAAGGUCCUCCCCCUUAUGGUUUUAUGCCACAGCAGGCCCAGCAACCCUAUGGAAUGGCUGAUCAGUCACCUAUGCAUGAUGGCCUUUACCACCAAGUCCCUCCUAAUACUUACCAGCCUGUCCAAAAUGCUUAUCAACAACAUCCUCUUCAAGUCCCAUUUCAACAAGAAUACAACCCCCAACAAACUUACCAACAACCUCCUUUAAAUCCUUACCAACAAGCACCGAGUCCUCCCUACCAACAGCCCUCCCCACCCUCCUAUCAGGCAGGUCCUAAUCAAGCAGUAUAUCAAGCCGGGCCUGCAUUGGCCUACCAACCAGCCCCUAGUUCUUAUGUUGUGCCGUCUUUCCCAGUAGCAGCCAGUGCUGACUCUGUCUCAGGAGGCAGUAUUACUGCUGCUCCAAAGCCCAAAUUUUCAGCCAAGAAGAGUGUGGCUCAGGUGUGGAAGCCAAGCACUGCUGAAAAAUAGAAAUAGUGAUUGUUCCCCUAGUGUUUUACCUUAAGAACUAAGGUAAUAACAAGACCCAAGUUAAGAUUCAGAUACUUUUUGUAGAACAUAUCCAACUUCCAAACCAAAAUAUUGUUUGUUACAAAUUACGUUUAAGGUAUGCCAAAUAAGUAACAAAGAAGAGCGCAUAGACAUUUCAAAAUGACAUCACAUGACGUUAGAAUAAUGCUCCGAUUAAUUCUGAUAUUUUAUGGCCUUGCUACAGGGAAAAAGCACUUGUACUUAACAACAACUAAUUAAAAGUGUUAGACAAUUUUGGUGAAAGGGAAUCAGUGUUGAGUGUGAGUUUGAGAAGAGAAACAUGGAUGCUUAAUGUUGGAAAAAUUAUGGCAGGUGAAAAAAGAGAGAUAGAGAUAAGGGUCUGUUAUGAGGGCUACUGAGUAACUGAUUUGAAAUACAACUUAAGUAAUGUAACCCAGCAAGCAAUUUUAUAUUUAAAAGACGUCUAAUAGCCGUCCAAACACAGCCCUAACGUCUAGGCUAAAACAAGGAAAAAUUUGGCCUGUCAGUAUAAAUUUAAUAGAUGUCUAACCAUGGCCCAACAUCUAACGAGUUUCUCUGGUAAAAAUGACAUGUAACCAAAUUCAAGGUUAUUUUGGCUAGAAGUUACUCAUAACCGGUCUAUAUCGGGUCUAGUUAACCUAGACGAUGAAAAGAACGGCUAUUGCUUGCUGGCAAUCCUUUAAAAACCAAUUAUUAUAUAAUCAUACUUAAAAUGCAUAAAAGGAUUUGCAGUAUCAAGUUUCACACAAGCAUAUGUGUAUAUGAUAAUAUUUUACAAUACCUCAGUAGACCGACAGAAAAAAAUAUAUGAGCGGUUCAAUGAUAUUUGGAAUAUGCAAGUAAACAAUGUAUUAGCUUCUGGCUAACAGUGCAAAGAGAUACUGUAUAACUGAGAGAUAAUGUAUUAUAGUGGAGGUUCAAUCAUAUCUCACCUUCUGAGAAAACAAAAAAACAUUGUUAUAUUUCUAAAUUGUAAUUAAUGUUUUAGACUUUCUUCAUAAAAGAAGAAAUUAAUGUACUCAGUAUGUGAGUACUCAGUAUGUCACUGUUUCAAUGUUUAACUGGUACAUAGUUGGAGAGCUAUUCAUUUUUACUUUUUAUCAAGAUAAGUAGACUUUGUGUAGAUUCCAGUUUAUUUUUUGAGGGAGGAAUUCAUGUUAAGCUUUUUUGUUUGCUUCAAUAUUUUUUUUUUCAUCAGUUCAACUAGAACGUCAAAUAAAACAGAUAUAAGAAGUGGACGAGUUCUAAAACUAUUUAUUUUUAGUUUGACUGCUGUCUUCUGUUCUUUUUGCUGUCUUUUGUUCAUUUUUUGUGUGAUAUUUUCUUCAUAGUACACUAUUUGUAAAAUGUACCGUGCCAUUAAAAUCACUAUUUAAGUUUU